AUGGAUGAGCUCGUGAAGGCUUCGAUUGCGACCGUUGAAGCGAAGAAGAAAGGCCAGGUUCCUUGGGACUUGGAUGUUCCCUACGAUCAACCGUACCACGUAUGGCGCUUAAACGGAUGGCAGUCAACUCAACCUAGUCGUACCUAUGGAGAAACAAGGAUCCCAUCCAUAGCGCUGUAUAGCUGGAACAUCGACUUUAUGCUACCCUUUCCAGACUCGCGUAUGCGCCUGGCCAUUCGUCACCUGGAGACGCUCGUUGAACAGGAGAUACCUACUGUCAUUUUCUUCGCCGAGUGCCUGGAGUCAGAUCUGAAGCUCAUAGCGGGCGAUUCGUGGGUGAGGAAGCGGUUCAAUAUUACGGAUGUCGAUGGUAGCUACUGGCAGUCUGGCCAUUAUGGAACUACUAUUCUUGUGGAUCAACGCCUUCCAGUACGUGCAUGCUUUCGGGUGCAUUACAAGCAGACGCGUAUGGAGCGUGAUGGUCUCUUUCUCGAUGUCGCUCUCGGACCCGGCAAAACUGUACGGCUUUGCAACACCCACGCAGAGUCACUGGCACUGGAUCCGCCCUUCAGACCGGCCCAACUCAAGCUCUGUAGCCAGUACAUGCAAGAUGAGAAAAUAAGUGGAGCCGUCCUUGCGGGGGAUUUGAACGCUAUUCAGGACUUUGACAGGCAUCUACAUACCGACAAUGAGCUGCGUGAUGCUUACCUAGAGAUGGGCGGCAGGGAAGACGACGUCGAAGGGCACACCUGGGGGCAGCAGGCCGCCACAUCGCAACGUGAGCGCUUUGGCGGCAGUCGUAUGGAUAAGAUCCUCUUCUGUGGUGGGAUCCGUAUUCGAUCUUUCGAACGCUUUGGCAUGGGCGUUGAGCUUGAAGAUGCGAGUGAGAGGGAGCACGUUGUGAGCCUGGGGUUCGACAAGCCAUGGAUUACGGAUCACCUUGGGGUGCAUGCCAUCUUCGAUGUAACUGCAGAGUAG